CUCAGAAAAAUUUGUCAGUUUUAAUUUCAAAAUAAUUAACUCCUACAAAAUUUUUGUGUUCAAAAUUAAUUUUAAUUUGAUCCCUUUGGCCAAAAUAUGUCGGAAACAAAUAAUACUUGUACAAAUGACAUCGCGCUGGAGAAAGAAGAAUCACUAAUCGAUAGCAGUUCUCUGAAGACUCAGUCAGAUUUCAGCACUUCAGAAUUGGAGGCAAUCGUGAGGAACACCGUUAAAGAGAUUCCAACACCUCCAAACUAUGUCGACCUAACUGUGAAUAGCAUUGUAAAUGCAAUUCUGCCCAAAAUAAAAAACAAAUAUGAUGCGAUCGAAAUGAAGGUUGAUAGUAUCCAAAAAUCUCUGGACACGUAUAGCCAGCAAGCGGAAGCAAUGGAUCGGGAUAUAGCUGAAAUAUUUUUGGACUUGCACACUAUUUAUAAUAAACUUGAAAAACUCGAUAAAAGUGGCAGUAAGUUAUGCAGCACGAAAAAAGCAAUGUUUUUAAGACAUGUUAAGAAGUCUGAAGACUUGCUGAUCCGUUCGCGCCAUUAUCUCACAAACGAUCCCAAAGAGUUGAGUGCCCAUCUUGUUGGUCCACCAACGGAAGUCCCAUCGACUCAAAAGGAGCACACAUCAAACUCGAACCUCAGGACCGCAGGAAGUAUCUAAACCAUCGUCUUUCUUAUCAAAAUGUUAAUGAUAUUCACCUCAAUGGGUAAAAAAAUACUUCAUGGACGCAAAGCGCAAAUUAAAUUUGGACUGCAACUAAAAACCAUUUAUAAAAUUGUCAACUAUUUAUAACAAAUAUCUUUUUGAACAUUUUAUAAAAUUCACUACGUUGGAUAGCCUGA